AUGGGAAUAGUGGAUCUACACCUGUUGUUACAAACAAUUCUGUAUUUCUCGACAUGUCUCAUUGGGCUAAUUACGUGUAUUACCUUCGGUGUGUCACGGGCCAUAUUCAGCGGAAAUUGUCUGAUAUACGCAUCGUUGGACUGGAAUUUGAAGGGAGACCAAUUUACGACGAAAUACUCUCCGUCUUCUAUUUGUGAUUUCCCGAUAUAUCUGUUUGUGCUCGGUUGUGUGUUGUAUCCGCUCGGAGUUGGAAUUUACAAUGCAUAUGCCACUUAUAAAACACGCGAAGACGGAUCCAUCCCAUUCCAGAUGUGGGUGUGGCCUUUUGUUCUGUUGAAUGCCAUACUGACAUUCUUGGUGCUGGUGUGCUCCUGUAUUAUCAGUGUUGGUAUGUUCAGGGUCUGCUCUGAACUUAGUAAGGGGAAUAUCUACAAAGGUUGCGCAGACGCCCAAGACCAAGAAUGGACGGAUGCAAAUGGCGACAACUUCAACACUGGAUAUUUCUUUAAUCUCCUUGAGGUUGCAGAGGUUGCCUGUUGGAUUUGUACGUUAGUUUGGCUUGUUCAAGUAGUAUUGGGAGUCAUACGAAUCUACAGAAACAGACGAAUGCGAUCAAGUCUCGAGAAAGAUGAAAACUACGACAAAACCAAGAUAGCCAAAAGAGAAUCCAAGCAUUCAAAGCAUUAA